UUUAUGGAGUGAAUGUGGCAAGACAUAAUAAUAUUCUCACUUUCCUUUCUAAUUCUAUGUGUCAACUUCUUGCAAGGCUAGAAGAAAAAUAGAACAAAAUGCCAUGUAAGUAAUUGUUGAUGUCGUCCUUGGUUAAUCGACUAAUAUCCUUAGUACCUUUGAUUCAUCUUGCAGCUGGGGGUCUUAUCGCCAUGGGCAUAGGGAUGGUUGUGUAUGAACAUAAAGAGGAAAUUGCCGAAGCAUUUGAAGACUUAAAAUACGGGAUUGAAACUGCUAUUGAGCGUAACAGAAGAAGAAAAAUGGGUGUUCCUGCAUAUGGUCAAAAUCGCUAUACCGAACAGAGAUUUGAUGAUGAUAAUGACGAUGAUUUAUAUCAUACCCCAAAUGCUAGUAGAGCUGAAGCUUCACAACCGUCAAACCAAACUCAGGAAGCUGAAGAAUCAAACUCUACUGACAGUGAUUCAGAAUUAUGGGAUAGUACUAGAACUUUGACAGCUAGAGAUGGUCAAACUUCAGGGGUUUAUGACCGUAAGGCAACAUUUAGAGGAAGAAGAGCUUCAAGAAAACCGCAAAAUGCACCAGGUUAUGCUUUAUCUUCUGAUGAUGGCCCAUCAACUACAGUGAGCAGUAGCUCCUCUGGCGACGAGACACCUGAAGAUGAACAACAAUUUGAUUAUAAUAAGUAUCUCCCAAAAAGUCAAAUCAAGAAAUUGAACUUUUAGGGAAGUUGAAGGAUCACUUACGCUAAUUAAAUGGAAAACGGGAUAUUGGGAAUCAGGGAUCAAUGGUUUAUUUACGGUUAAGAAUAUUGGGAAAGAAUUGAAACACAAGGUUAUAUUAUUAAGUAUUUGUAGUGAUUAUCGGUCAAU